AUGUCAGCAGAAAGUGUCAAUUCGGCUGAAUACCAACGAGUUUUACAGCUGCUACAUCAAGAACAUUUCACUUCUCCAAAUGCGGAUACGAAAGUGUACAAGGAUGAGUGCAUCUACUGCUUCAAUACACCAUUUUUUGAAGGCGGUCUCUACGUUUGUCUGAAGACUUACUGUUCGUUCUGUCCGCGACAUGUUGCUGAGUAUGCUGCUCAAAACAAUUGCGUUGCAUUUAUUCAGCAUCUAAGCAAAAAGGUUAAAGAAAUCGUUGAAAACCCGGCUGAACCCGAGCAAAAAAUUUCUCGUCUAGCUGUCGGUAUUGAUGGUGGAUUCAACAACGAGAAGUGUGGUUUUGUGACAUGUUUUUUUAUUGAAACUAUCUUUAUUAAAAUCUUUAUUUUUCCUGAGAUGGAGACCAAGAAA